AUGUCUGGCCAAACUCCCGCCUGGAAGAAAUUGGGCUUGAAGCUCAAGCAACCUUCUGAUGCGCCUGAACCCAGCUUUGGGCACCCAACUGGCAGCUCAAGCACACCCAUAAAGAGGAAGUUCGACGCCCCGCCACCUUCCAGUUCUUCUCAGGAUGCCAAGCGACGAAAGUCUGUAUCCUUUGCUGAUGCGCCAUCCAACAACAACUAUCCCAAAUUCUCCAGGACACCAGCAAAGGUCGUCAAGCAGAGCAAGUCUAAGAGCAAAGGACCCGCAAAGAAGCCUAAGCCACAGGUCUCCGCUGACCUCAAGCCUGCACUCGAAUACUUGAGUCUCUGGAAGAGUUCUCGCGACAGCUGGAAGUUCAACAAAAACCAUCAGUCAAACCUUAUCAAGCACGUUUUCGAUGCCGAUGGAAUUCCUGCUUCUGACAUUGAAACCUUUUAUGACUACAUCCAAGACCUGAAGGGUUUCGUGAGAAUGCGCCUUCGAGAGAGUGCUUAUGAGGUCAGGGAUCAGGAUCAAUCCGAUGGCGCAAAGGCAUUCCCUGAAGGAACCAAGGAUUUGGAGGCUACUCAGCAACGAUACGAAGAGGUCCUUGCCAAGUACCUGAGCCAGCCUGUGGGGUCUAAGAGGAAGGGUUUUACUGAGGUAGACUACCUCUCAGACUCAGAAGAGGACGAGAUCAUUGUCCAACGACUUGUCAAGCGCAUGAGAGCUGAGCUUGUCAUUGACGAGUUGUCUGAUGGCAAUGAAACAGAGGCCACCACCACAUCAUCGCAGACAUUUACCUCUACCGACAGCAAUGCCACAGCCACUAAGAACACCGAGAAGAGUGUGAAGCCUGCUGAUGGCAUGCCUGCAAAGCGUCGAAGAAAGCUCCGCGUGAACGUGGAAGAGAGCGACUCCAGCAGUUCUGAGUCUGAGUCUGACUCAGAUGACGAUGACACCAGCAGCAGCGGAAGCUCAUCUUCAGAAGACGAGUCAGAGAAGAAAACACCCGCAACUGCGCGGUCUUACCGAAAACCUGGCGAGGAAGAUUCAAGCGAUUCUUCGUCUUCUUCAGACGACGCUAGCUCGGAUGACGACUCAAGCGACAACGAUUCAGACUCUGAAUGA